AUGGAAAUAGGCACUGCGAGUGUUGCGCAAGUUGGAGUGUGGGUUCUCUGCGGCGUCUCCGCAUUGCUCCUCCAGGUGCAGGCAGCUCUCAUCCUCCAGCCUACAUCCACCCCACAGCAAAAGCGUUUAGGGACUCAUAUCCACUACGGAAUUCAGCUGGCUAGUGUCCUUUGCUUCUUAGGGGCCUUCACCAUCAUCGAGAUCAACAAGGGCGACCACCCACACUUUGUUUCCCCACACGGCGUUCUCGGACUGCUCACAGUCAUCUUCAUCGUGCUACAGGCUCUCGUCGGAGUCGCGCAGUUCUUCAUCCCCACUGUUGUCUUUGGCAGUGUUGACGCUGGCAAGCGGAUUUAUAAAUAUCAUCGGUGGUCCGGCUAUGUUCUGCUAUUGUUGGAGACUGCGCUUUUCCUGGCGGCGACCCAGACGGGAGCCUUAGGCAUUCCCACUUGGUCUGUCGUUGUGACCUUGAUCUUGAUUCUGCUUGGUCUUGGGACCAGGAUUAAAAAGCACAAGUUGGGUCUGGGGAAUCAAUGA